UUACUCUGUGCAACUGCAAUUUAUUAAAAAAGAAGUCAUUUGAUAAAAUCAAUUCUGCUAUGGCAUCGCCCCAGCAUCCCUCAUCCACAACCACCAUCUUCCUCGACCAACCACCCAGCUGUCUGCAAUUCUGUCCAGAAUCCCCAGACCACCUCGUCAUAGGCACAUACCUGCUAUCCGAAACCAAAGGCGAAGAAGAUGAAUCCACGUCCAUCCAGCAAACCAAAACCGGCAGUCUGCAACUGUGGCACCUGCACCCUGACACCAGCGCUCUAACCCAAAUCCAAAGACUUGCCCUGCCCUACGCGGUCUUUGAUCUCCAGUUCCACCCCAGAAACCCUAGGCUCCUGGGGAUCGCCAGCAGCGCUGCCUCCGUCGCGCUCUUCGCGGUCUCCGCGGGGGGGAUCUCCCUGCUCUGGACCCGUUCCGUGCACGAGGAUCCCUCGAUCCCGGCGCUGUUCCUCGCGUGGACGCCGGAGAACUGGCUUCCAGACGAGGGGGCCGACGGAUUCGCAGUUACUUUCUCGGACGGGCGCACGAGUGUGUUUGGAGCAAGGUCAUUGCGUGCUCUUACUGGCACCAGCACCGCUACUACUACUACUACUACUACUACUACUACCAGCACCGAUGAGAAGGAAGAAGAGGAAGACGGGAUCACCGAACUAAGCUCAUUCAACGCAAAGCAACCGAUAGAAAUCUGGGUUGUUGCACUGGCUGCGAUGGCAUCCACAGCCACAUCUCCAUCUAUCACCCCCUACCUAUUCACCGGAGACGACUUUGGAUCUCUACACAGCAGACGCUACCAAGAACCCCGCCCGCAAAGCAGCGGACCCGACCGUCACCGCCACGCUCGUCUCCCCCCCCCGCCGCCUCUUCCUCUUCUUCUUCUUCUUGCAGAGUCAGACGACCGAGCCCGCCACCAUACCGCGGGCGUCACCGCCAUCCUUCCCCUGCCGCUUCCGCUGACGCUAACCGACGGCGCCCCCUGUCUACUCACCGGGAGCUACGACGAGUAUCUCCGCGUGUACCGUGCGACGCGGACGGGGGAGGUGCUCGCGGAGACGUGCCUGGGCGGCGGGGUGUGGCGAUUGCAGUUACUGCGGACGGCCCACGAUGUCCCGGCGGGGAAAUGGACGUUUGUGGUUCUUGCGAGCUGUAUGCAUGCGGGCACGAGGGUGGUUAGAGUGAGUUUAGCCUGGGAUGGUGGGAGUGGUAGUCGUGGGGAGAUUGAGGUGCUGGGUGAGUUUACGGAGCAUGAGAGUAUGAAUUAUGCGUCGGAUGUGUGGAAGCCACGCGGGGGCCAUGAUUUGGACGAUGCGCAGGCGGAGCUGUGUGUUGUGGUGUCGAGCAGUUUCUACGAUCGGAGGGUUUGUGUUUGGAGAGUGAAUGUUUAGCUACCGCACCUACUAAGAGGCAGGAAGAAAUUGUUCGUUCGUUAAUUAGUAUUGGAAAAGUGGCGCUCUAAAAAAAAAAAAAAAAAAAUAUGACGAUGAUGAUGAUGAUGAUGAUGAUGAUGAUGAUGAUGAUGCAAAUGAACCC